ACUUGAAUGGGUGUUAGUGAGCCCGAGUUGUUCAUGUCACAGAUUGUUCUAGCUUGCAAUCUGGUAGGACUGUCUCCAGUCUUCCUCCGACUUCUCUUCCUCAGGCACUUUGAGCGCCAGACUUCACUCUUUCUCCGGAUCGCACCAACGGCGGCACCAUGGCUGACGAAUCGGAUCAAUAUUUGCAGGUGGGCAAGAAGGCCCAGCUCGAGUCUCAGGCUCAGAGCUUCGACGGUAAGAAGAUGUGCUGGAUCAAUGACGACAAACAAGGAUACAUAAAGUGCGAGAUCCUCAGCACGAAGGGCGAGGAGUGCACCGUCAAAACAGCCACGGGAAAGCAAGUUACCGUCAAGAAGGAUGACACCCAGCAAAUGAACCCACCUAAGUUCGAAAAGAUCGAAGACAUGGCUGGUAUGACCUACCUCAACGAAGCCAGUGUAUUGGAGAACCUCAGGCAGAGAUACUACUCUGGUCUCAUCUACACCUACUCUGGUCUGUUCUGCGUGGCUAUCAACCCAUACCGUAGGCUCCCCAUCUACACCGACAAGGUAGUCAUGCUCUACAAGGGUAAGAGGCGUACCGAAAUGCCUCCCCACGUCUACUCCAUCGCUGACAACGCCUACCAUGACAUGUUGCAGAACCACGAGAACCAGUCCAUGUUGAUCACUGGAGAGUCAGGUGCAGGGAAAACAGAAAACACCAAAAAGGUCAUCCAGUAUUUUGCCAACAUUGCUAGUGUAUCCACCGGAGGCAAACUUCAACAAGACACGCCAGAGGGCGGCAAGAAGGGUAACCUUGAGGACCAGGUCAUCCAGACCAACCCUCCUCUUGAGGCCUUCGGUAACGCCAAGACCAUCAGGAACGACAACUCCUCCCGUUUCGGUAAAUUCAUCCGUAUUCAUUUCGGCACAAGCGGUAAACUGGCCGGAGCCGAUAUUGAGACCUAUCUGCUUGAGAAGUCUCGUGUGAUCCGACAGAAUGGUGUUGAGAGGUCCUACCACAUCUUCUACCAGAUCUGCUCUGGGUACAGACAAGAUGUAUUGGACACUCUGCUGCUCGAAAAGGGCUGCAAGACAUACUGUUUCCAGAACCAAGGAGAAGUUGAAAUCGACGGCGUCGAUGACGUCGAGGAAUUCAAACUUACUGAUGACGCCUUGGAUGUCCUGGGCUUCUCAUUCGAAGAGAAGAUGUCCAUGUACAAAAUGUGUGCCACCAUCAUGCACUUCGGAAACGUCGAAUGGAAGCAGAGGCCCCGCGAAGAGCAGGCCGAAAUCGAGUCGACAACCAUCAUCGACAAGGUCGCUUUCCUGUUCGGUAUCAAUCCCCAGGAACUUGUGAAGAACUUGCUGAAACCCCGUAUCAAGGUCGGUAACGAGUACGUAUCCCAGGGACGUACCAAGGCUCAGGUCGUCUACUCAGUCGGUGCUCUGGCCAAGGCCAUCUACAACCGUCUCUUCUCCUGGCUCGUACAGCGUGUCAACAAGACUCUGGCCACCAAGGCUACCAAGGCUUUCUUCAUCGGUGUACUCGACAUCGCCGGGUUCGAGAUCUUCGACUUCAACACUUUCGAGCAGAUUUGUAUCAACCUGACCAACGAGAAGCUGCAGCAGUUCUUCAACCAUCACAUGUUCGUUCUCGAGCAGGAAGAGUACAAGAGGGAAGGCAUCAAUUGGGUGUUCAUCGAUUUCGGUCUUGAUCUCCAGGACACCAUCACCCUCAUUGAAGGACAAAUGGGUGUGUUCGCCAUGCUUGAGGAAGAGUGCAUGUUCCCCAAGGCUACUGACUUUACCUUCUUGGAGAAGUUGCUCAAGCAGCAUGCUAACAAUGCCAAGAUCACCAAACCCUCUGUUGGAGGGAAGAAUGUGAAGAAGCACGCUGUCCACUUUGAGAUCCAUCACUACGCUGGAACCGUGGACUACAACGUCGAGAGCUGGCUGGACAAGAACAAGGAUCCUCUGAACGAGGCCGUUGUCGAACUCUUCCGCAAAUCUACCGACGAGCUCCUCGCAACCAUCUUCACAGAUGCCGCAGCGGCAGCAGGAAGGGGAAGAGGUUCUGGACGCAAGAAGGGUGGUUCCUUCCAGACCGUAUCGGCCCUGCACAGGGAGCAACUGACCCGUCUGCUAGCCACCCUCUACAACACACAACCUCACUUUGUGCGUUGCAUCAUCCCCAACGAGAAGAAGGCCCCAGGUGUCAUUGAUGCCUUCCUCGUGCUCCAUCAGCUCGCCUGUAAUGGUGUGCUUGAAGGCAUCCGUAUCUGCCGAAAGGGAUUCCCCAACAGACUGCCCUUCGGUGAAUUCAAGCAGAGAUAUGCCAUCCUUGCUCCCAGCGCCAUCCCACAGGGAUUCCUGGACAGUCGCAAGGCUUCUGACAUGUUGCUUAAAGCUUUGCCUCUCGAGGAGAACGAAUUCCGUAUGGGACACACCAAGGUAUUCUUCCGCGCUGGUGUCCUGGGUAAGCUUGAAGAGUGGCGUGACGAUCGUCUGGCCGAGAUCAUCUCCAUGAUCCAGGCUCAGAUCCGUGGUUACCUCGGACGUAUCGAGUUCAAGAAGAUGCUCGACCAGAAGCUCGGUCUGGGUGUCAUCCAGCGUAACCUCCGCAAGUACCUCAUCCUCAGGAACUGGGGUUGGUGGAGACUGUACACCAAGGUAAAGCCUCUGCUGAACGUUGCCCGUGCCGAGGAUGAGAUGAAGGCCAAGGACGACGUCAUCAAGAAGGCCAAGGAGCUGCUCAAGAAGGAGGGAGAUGCAAGGAAGGCCAUGGAGGAGAAGAACGCCGACCUACUCAAGGAGAAGGCCGAUCUCCUUGCUCAGCUCAACUCCGAGGCUGAAUCUUCCGCUGAGAUCGAAGAGAAGUUCACCAAGAUGAUGUCACUUAAAGCCGAUCUCCAGACUCAGCUAACAGAUCUGCAAGACCGUCUUGAGGAGGAAGAGGACGCUGGAGCCAGCGCCAGUGCCGCCAGGCGCAAGCUCGAGCAGGAAUCCAGUGAACUCAAGCGUGACAUCGAAGAUCUCGAGAUAUCUCUCACUAAGUCCGAAGAGGAAAAGAAGCAGAAGGACGCUGCGAUUAGGAGCCUGAACGACGACAUCGCCGCCCAAGACGAGGUCAUCGGCAAGCUGUCCAAGGAGAAGGCCAACCUGGAAGAGGAGCACAACAAGACCCUGGACGCCCUGGCCCAAGAGGAAGAGAAGGCAAACCAUCUCUCCAAGGUCAAGGCCAAGCUGGAAGCUUCAGUCGAUGAGCUUGAAGACGGCCUCGAGCACGAGAAGAAGAUCCGUGCUGAUGUCGAGAAGGUCAAGAGGAAGCUCGAGGGCGACCUCAAGAUGACCCAGGAGACGGUAGAGGAACUGGAGCACGCCAAACGCGAGGCUGAGGAAUCCAUCAAGAAGCGUGACUUCGAGGUGUCUCAACUCAACACUCGCCUUGAGGACGAGCAGAGCCUGGUGGCACAGCUCCAGCGCAAGAUCAAAGAACUCCAGGCCCGUAUUGAAGAGCUAGAAGAGGAGUUGGAAGCAGAGAGACAGAAUCGUGCCAAGGCCGAGAAGCAGCGCGCAGAUGUGACUCGCGAGCUCGAGGACCUUGGUGACCGUCUUGAGGAACAGGGAGGUGCCACCGCCGCUCAGAUCGAGGUCAACAAGCGCCGCGAAGCCGAGCUGUCAAAACUCAAGCGUGAGAUCGAAGACCAGAUCGUCCAGCAUGAGUCCGUCGCCUCACAGCUUCGCAAGAAGCACACCGACUCCGUCGCCGAACUCACCGAGAACCUUGAGAGCGUCAACCGCAACAAAUCAAAGAUGGAGAAGGAACGCACACAGCUGAGGGUAGAGCUUGAGGAUGUCAGCAGCAACAUGGACUACAUCACCAAGGCUAAGCUCAAUGCCGAGAAGUCCUGCCACCAGCUCGAGUCCCAGCUCAGCGAGGCCAACGCAGCUCUUAACGAGCGCGACCGCGCCAUCAACGACCUCCAGAACUCCAAAUCACGCCUGGGAAGCGAGAACUCCGACCUGGCCCGCCAGCUUGAGGACCUCGAGAACCAGCUUUCUCAGCUCAACAAGACCCGUAUGUCCCUCUCCAUGCAGAUGGAGGAAUACAAGAGGAGCUCCGAUGAGGAAUCAAGGGCCAAGAACUCCCUGGCCUCUCAGCUCAGGCAACUCCAGGCCGACAACGACCAGCUCCGUGACCAGGUCGAAGAAGAGUCCGAGGCCCGCGCCGAAGUCCAGCGCAUCCUCACCAAGGUUAACGGCGAACUCAACCAGAUGCGCGCCAAAUUCGACGGUGAGGCCGUCCAGCGUGCUGAGGAGCUCGAAGAGGCCAAGAGGAAACUGAUGAUCCGUCUUGCACAGGUCGAGGAAGAACUGUCCUCCGCCCUGUCCAAGAACGGCAGUCUUGAGAAGACCAAGGCCCGCUUGACUGGUGAGGUCGAAGACCUUCAGCUAGACCUUGAGAGGUCCAACCAGCUGUGCGCCACACUCGAGAAGAAGCAGCGCAACUUCGACAAGGACCUUGCCGUAUGGAAGGAAAAGUGCGAGUCUCUGGCUGUCGAGCUUGACAUGUCCCAGCGCGAGGCCCGUACAUACAGCACCGAGCUCUUCAAGGUCAAGAACUCAUACGAGGAAAGCCUUGAGGUCAUCGUCAACGUCCGCCGUGACAACAAAUCCCUUCAGGAUGAGAUCCAGGACCUUACCGACCAGCUCGGAGAGGGUGGCAAGAACUGCCACGAGCUCCAGAAACUCGUCAAGCGUCUCGAACUCGAAAAGGAUGAGCUCCGCGUCGCAUUGGAGGAGGCCGAAGCCCACCUCGAAGCCGAGGAAGCCAAGGUCAUCCGUGCUCAGCUUGAGAUCACACAGGUCAAGCAGGAGUGCGAUCGUCGCAUCAUUGAGAAGGAUGAGGAAUUCGAGAUCACCCGCAAGAACCACGAACGCUCAAUGGAAUCCAUGCAGGCUAGCCUUGAGGCUGAGCUUAAGGCCAAGAGCGAUGCCCAGAGGCUAAAGAAGAAGCUCGAGGGCGAGGUCAACGACUUGGAAAUCCAGCUCGACCAUGCCAACAGGAACAGCGCCGAAGCCAUCAAGACCAUCAAGAAGCUCCAGAUGCAGGUUAAGGAACUCCAAGCCACCGUUGACGAAGAGACCCGUGCCCGCGAGGACAUGCGCGACCAGCUCCAGAUCACCGAGCGCCGCAGCAUGAUGCUCAUCCAGGAACUCGAGGAGGUCCGCUCCGCCCUCGAGACAACAGAGCGCCUUCGCAAACUGGCAGAGGGAGACCUCCAGGAUGCCAAUGACCGUCUGGCCGAAGUAUCUGCACAGAACCACGUCCUGAGCAACCAACGCCGCAAGGCUGAGGCCGAGCUCCAGACCCUCACUGCCGAGCUUGAAGACGCCAUCAACGAAGCACGCAACAACGACGACAACGCCAAGAAGGCCAUUGCUGAUGCCACCCGUCUUGCUGAUGAGCUCCGCACCGAGCAAGAGCACUCCGUCCAGAUCGAGAAGUUCCGCAAGUCUCUGGAAGUACAGAUCAAGGACAUGCAGGUCCGUCUCGAUGAGGCUGAGGCUGCUGCACUCAAGGGAGGAAGGCGCACCAUUGAGAAGCUCGAGGCCAGGCUUCGUGACCUCGAGGGAGAAUUGGAAAUGGAGGCACGCCGCCGCUCCGACGCCGAGAAGGCCGUCCGUCGCCAGGAACGUCGCGUCAAGGAAAUCAUCUUCCAGUCCGAGGAGGACCGCAAAAUCACAGAACGCAUCCAGGAAUCAUGCGACAAACUCACCAUCAAAUGCAAGACACUCAAGAGGCAACUAGAGGAGUCUGAGGAGAACGUAAACCAGAACCUGGCCAAGUACCGCAACGCACAGCGCGACUUGGAAGACUACGAGGAGCGUGUAGAGCUUGCAGAGACACAGGUCAACAAGUACCGAGCCAAGCAACGCAGCCAAGUCACCACAUCGACCCGCGUUUCCUCGGGUGGCUACAGUCCGUACAGUUCUUUUCGGCGCGUCUCUAGGAGUAGCUCAGUACUUAGUGCAUUUUCCGCAAGGGGGGACGUCUCCACCCCAUCUCUAAGAGGGGACUCGAAUCAUGAAAUCAACCACCAAGCCAAGAAAGAGUAACACAUUCAUCGUAACUAAGCAACAGAAACUUCUUCAUCUAUUUUUCGCGUUGUGUAUUCAGUCUUUUUUUUUUCUUUGCAAGGUGGAAGGGAUUUUUUUUAUAACUUAUAUGUGGUUUUGAAAAAAAUUGUGAUUCUCUCACUGAGGCUUGUGAAUCAUAAUAGACAUGCAUGGUUAUGUUCUGUUCAUCAUGGAAAAGACUGUUGAUUCAUUUGUUUGUGAAUGAAUAAACUAUUUUGGAGAAAUGUGCUUGCUUUUAGCUUGCUCUCCGUACUCCAAUGAUAUGGAGCUUGAGUUGUGUAACUUCAUCAUCGUUUUUAGAUACUUAUAGACACAGGAGCAUUCGAUUCAUUUGCGUCUUGUCAUCAAAUCUAUUUAAUUUGUAGAAAUAUAUGUGUAUUUAUAUUUUCGAGGAGGAAUCCUUUUUUUGUUGUGCACUUUGAUAAAUUAUUGAAAGCUAGAAUAAUUGGAGGCGACGGAGCCUGGCGUUCCCGUAACAUGUGCAUUAGAGAAAGUUUAAUUUAUUUCAUCAUAUUUAUAGUUUACACUGAAGUAUAUUAUCAUGAUUAUGAGAACUAUGUAGUUUUAUUAAUGAACUUAGAUUCGCUACUGAUAGUCCGGAAGGAUUGCUAUAAAUAAAAUUUAAGAUUGAGUGAUAAUAAAUCUCGUAUUUGAUUUGAACAAUGAGAAAAAUAUUGCAAAAUAAUGAAAUGAGAAUGUGUGGACUGAACCUGUAUUUUUCCUAACGUGUGCGAGUGAUGCAUUCAUUUUUUUUAUUUCACACUUUAUUUUCACAACUACUUCGCCAAGAAGGAAAAGUCGUUUGUAAAUGUCACGUGCAGGAGGAAAGCGCUUCUUAUUGGUGUGAUGGGGACAAUGCAUGGUGCCCAGUUCUGCCUCUGAUAGGCUGAUGUCAGGUCGGAGCCUUCCAGAUAUAAAGACUGGCUGCACUCAAAGCCAAGUCAUUAUAACGUGCAGACCAAUCAGCGUCGAGGAAUCGACACAUACUGAUAUGCAAUGCAUAUGACUUGUCUCAUGAAUUAUUCAUCAUGUCAUUCAUAUAAGGUAUGAAGAGAAGCCAUACACACAGUCAUGCUGAAUGAAGCAAGCAAGUAAUUUCUAAUCAGCUGUGAUUUAAUAGUGGAUCAACACGGACGAUACUAUAAUUUCCCCAUGUCAAGCUCAAGUAUCUAAACCUUGAUGAAAUGGAAACCGAAAAUGAUAUAUUUUUUACUAUUCUAUCGUGUUAAUAACAGUGUUGAUAACUAUCAAACCAUCAAUGAAACGUGAAGGAAAAGAGAAAAGAAAGCAGGCAUUCAUUAAAACCAUACAUACUCAGUGAAAGAGACGUUUUUAAAGAUCAUGUUUUUUCUGUCUGAUCACUGGCAUGAUUCGAAUGGCACGAUCCUCUGAUUCUGAAUGCAUCUUGAGAUCAUGAAAUGAGCGCCAUGCAUAGCGCACCAAUACUAAUUUCCUUCUAGUAUAGUCAUUUCCUUACCUAUUUACUCUCUUAUAGUCUUUAGCAGCAAAUUUUGUUCUCCCUUUCCAUAUCGUCAACGUAUUGUUCCCUCAAUGUCUAUUUUAGUCCCCUCACAAAAUUAUUUUAGACGCCCCUCUAUCUUUAGAGCUCAUGUCUUAUCAUUUUCUUUCCUAACAAAAUUUCCAAAAAUGGCGGAAAACACGAUUGAGCUACUGCUAAAGAUAGCCACCCGUGUGUGUAUAUAUAUAACCUCCUCAUAUCUAGGUAGUAUUGUGUGCAGCAUGGGCUUUAAUCAUGCACUAAUGUAGGUGCCGAUGUGUGCCAGAGAAAAAAAAACCUUAUAUGAGGAAAAAUACUUUGUUCUACCACACAUGCGUCAAAAAGAACUAUUAGUGGAACGACAUGAAACCGUUAAUUUUUGUGAUGACUUCUUGAAGUAAAACGAAGCCUCAUCUUAACUCUUAAUUUUCUCCUCUUUUGUAAACUCAUGCUUUCAUUGUCAACAGCGAAUACAAAAAUAAAUAUGUUUUGAGUUGGUACUGAA